GACGAGAGUAGGGGCCAUGCCUUGCAGCUACCGCGCGGGGUGGUGGGCAAAGACUUGUCAUGCGAAGACUUGGCAUCUACAGAAGCCGCGUCGAGUGGCUCCAUCACGACGGGCCACUCGUCGCCCGUCGAGCCCGUGCCAAAUCGCGCAGUCACGGUAGAUGAUCUUGGCCUUGGUUUUGGACUGGCCCCGCUGCCUGGUGGGGCAAGUGGCGUGGCUUGGCUUCCGACGAAUCUGCGGCAUCAGACCUUGCGAGGCAGCACGUCCCCGGAGGGUUCUGUGCCUGCCAGCGGCCCCGGUGCCGAGGCGAAAUCAAGGAGUUCCGAUACCCGCCUUCUGGAGGCCCAGUGA